AUGGACACACUCGUCUCGACUGGUUCCUCUGGUGUCCUCCCUGUCCCGGCGAACAGCACGGGCAGCCUCCACGUCCCAAAGCAAGAUGUUACUCGCAGGUCAUCGCGCAUAACACGUGAGGCUGAGAGCUGUGAUUCAGAGCACAGUCCGCUUCCAGUCCGCCCUACGCGCCGCGACGCACUCCAGGAAGAUCUACUAACCGACACAAAUUAUGAGUUACCCUGGAUACCCUCAGCAGGGAGGAUACCCUCCGCAGCCCGGAGCAUACCCGCAGCCCGGGGGCUACCCUCCCCAGCCCGGGGCCUACCCGCCUCAGGCAGGAGGCCCGCAGCUGGGGGCUAUCCUCCUCAGCCCGCUCCUGGGGGAUACCCUCCACAACCUGGAGCCUAUCCUCCUGCUCCUGGAGGAUAUCCUGCUCAGCCUGGAGGCUACCCAGCUGCUCCUCCACCAGGCUCUUGGGGAGGCGGUCCCACUGGAGGUUAUCCUACUAUUGGUCUUGGGGGUAUGUCCAACCCGGGUUAUCCUGGAAUGGACGCCAUGAAUCCAGCCAUGGGUUCCUACCCUACUCUGCCCACCACUGGCGGGUACCCUGCAGCCCCACACAUGGGGGGCUAUGGGGCCUCCUGCCCUCCUAACCCACAGUGUGGCAUGUACCCACAGCCAGGAGCACCUCAGCCCCAGGCCCCAGGGAUGAACUACCCCGCUGGACCAGGACAGCCCAUGCCCGGAUACCCCAAGGCCCCGUCACCCAACCCAAACAUGCCCGGCUUCGGAGGAGCACCAGCACCUAUGCCGGGGUAUCCCAAGGCUCCCUCUCCCAACCCAAUGGGAGGCUAUGGAGGAGGGGGCAUGCCAGGAGUUCAACCCGUGCAUAAAGGAUUUAGGGGAACAAUCAAGGACUAUCCUGGUGCUGACCCACUCAAAGACGUGGAGGUCCUACGGAAGGCUAUGAAGGGCUUUGGAACGGAUGAGAACGCCAUUAUUGAGUUAUUGGGCAGUCGCUCCUGCAGACAGCGCGUGGCCUGCCUCAAAACUUUUAAAACCGCUUACGGAAAGGAUCUGAUUAAGGACCUGCACUCGGAGCUGUCGGGAGACUUCCGGAAGCUGGUGAUGGCCAUGAUGAAGACUCCGGCUCAGUUGGAUGCAUACGAAAUCAACAGUGCUAUAAAGGGCGCUGGAACCGACGAGGCCUGCCUGAUAGAAAUCCUCUCGUCCCGAUCCAACGCUGAAAUUAAAGAGAUAAGCCGUGUCUACAAAGAAGAAUACAAGAAGAAAAUGGAGGAUGAGAUUAGCAGCGACACAUCUGGCCACUUUAGGAGAUUGCUGGUUUCUCUCGCACAGGGCAACCGCGAUGAAAGGGAGCACGUGGAUAUGUCUAUGGCCGCACAGGACGCACAGGCUCUGUAUUCUGCUGGAGAGCUGAAGCUGGGCACUGACGAGUCCAAAUUCAACGCUAUUUUAUGUGCGCGGAGUAAGACCCAUCUCAGAGCAGUGUUCAUGGAGUACCAGCGCAUGUGCGGCAGAGACAUCGAGAAGAGCAUCGGCCGUGAGAUGUCUGGAGACCUGGAGAGCGGCAUGCUGGCUGUGGUCAAGUGUAUUAAGAACACGACUGGCUACUUCGCUGAGAGGCUUUACAAGGCCAUGAAGGGAGCUGGGACUAAGGACCAAACCCUGAUCCGGAUCAUGGUCACCCGCUCAGAGGUGGACAUGCUGGACAUCCGUAAAGAGUAUGUCAAAAACUAUGGCAAGUCGCUCUACACGCACAUCUCUGGCGACACGUCUGGAGACUACAAGAAGCUGCUACUAAAGCUGUGCGGAGGAAACGACUGA